CACCCCUCCUCCCUCUUCUCUCCCCCCUUCUCUCCCCCCGCCCUGUGCUGCCCCGUUCACAGUUCACACACACACACACACGCACUACCUUCCGCCCUUUCCCCCCUCAUCACCCUCCCCUUCCACCUGCUACCGCUAUGUCCCCCAACCCAAUGUUGAACAUCAUUUCCGGGGACCUUGAGCUCUCCCCGGACAUCCAGGAGUAUGUCAACGACAAGUGGGGUCUCAAGGACGCCGGCCAUGAGUACAACCUCAUCGCCAUUUUCGGUGCUCAGAGCACCGGCAAGAGCACUCUGCUGAACACGGUCUUCGGCACCGGCUUCGAUGUGAUGACCGCCAACCGUCGCCAGCAGACCACCAAGGGUCUUUGGAUGACCACCAGUGGCACUGCCGAGAACACCAUCGUCAUGGAUGUCGAGGGUACCGACAGCCGUGAGCGCGGUGAGGAUCUGGAGAUGGAGCGCAAGAGCGCCCUCUUCUCGCUGGCCAUCUCCCAGGUCCUGCUCAUCAACCUGCUGGAGACCGACAUCGGCCGGUCCAACGCCUCCAACUACGGGCUCCUCCGCACCGUGUUCGAGGUCAACCUUGGCCUUUUCCAGUCAACCUCUGCUCAGAAGACCCUGCUGCUGUUCGUCAUUCGUGACCACUACGGCACCCCGGUGGCCGAGCUCAGCAAGACCCUGGAGGAGGACAUGAACCAGAUCUGGGAGGGCAUCCGCAAGCCCGAGGGCCUGGAGGACGCCAAGCUCAGCCAGUACUUUGACCUGGCCUUCACGGCCCUCCCGCACAAGCUCAUCCAGGCGGCCGAAUUUGACGCGGCCGUCGAGAAGCUGAAGCCGUGGUUCUCCGACCCCGACAACCCGAACUACGUCUUCAAGAAGGAGUACCGCAAGCGCAUCCCCUCCGAUGGUCUGGGGCACUUCGCCGGCGAGGUUUGGGAGCAAAUCUGCUCGAACAAAGACCUCGACCUGCCGACCCAGCGCCAGCUGCUGGCCAAGUUCCGCUGCGACGAAAUCUCCCGCAACAUCCUGCACUCCAUCAACGACGAGGUUCAGGAGCUGCAGACCGCCCUGGAGGGCGGCCGCGAGGUGGCCGACCUGGCCGAUCGCAUGCACACCAUCUACCAGACCAGCUUCGACUCCUUCUGCCACCAGGCCUCGCGCUAUGAGACCUCGGUCUUCCAGACCGAGCGUGAUGUCUUCGCUCAGACGCUGCAUGGGAUCCUGUACAUGCUGUUCGCCGCGCAGCUCCGCAACAUCCACCGGUCCUCUCUGAAGUCCUUCACCGCCUUCGUCGAGAAACUCAAUGCCGAGAACCCGGACAGCUUCUCAACUGAGGCUCUCAAGCAGAAGGAGCAUCUGCUGGCUACGUUCGAGAAUUCGGCCCGCUCUCUCACCAUUCCCGGCUCGCCGUGGAAGUACGAGGAGCAGGUGAAGCCGUUCUCGGCGGACAUCAACGCCGUGUUCGAGAAGCUCCGCGCCGCCGGCAUCAAGAACAAGGAGGUCGCUCUGCAGGAGGAGAUUUCCACCAAGCUCGAGGCCGAUCUGGCCUUCGCCUUCAACACCAUCGAUGCUCAGUUCUGGCCCGGCAUGGAUACCCUCGUCACUGAGGCGGCUGCCAAGCUGCCCGAGGCGAUUGACACCCACUUGAAGGGUUACCAGCUGUCCGAGGAUGAGCGUGCCGAUGUCCAGAGCACCCUGAGCGCCUCGAUCAAGGAUCUCAUCACCAAGGAGCUGAAUGAGCUGGUCGAUGCGUCCACCUUCAACAGCAAGCUGCGCACCAUCUUCCACUCGAAGUUCCGCUUCGAUAGCCAGCGCCGGCCGAUCAUCUGGCGCCCCGGCAUGAAUGUCGAGACCUACUUCGACUCGGGCAAGCUUCUGGCCCGCAAUGCGCUCGAGGCCAUGCGCUUUAUCAAGCUGGAUUGGUCUCCGCUCGGUAUCUCCAACCCGCCGACUCCCCUGGCUCUGAUCGACAAGAAGCUCGAGAACAAGAUUUGGACCCAAUUCGAGAGCGAGGUGGCCGUCGAGUUCCAGGAUGCCUCGAUGCGCUGCGACCAGCCCCAGUACAAGAUCCCCAAGUGGACCUAUCUGGCCAUCUUCCUCCUCGGCUUCAACGAGCUCAUGGACUUCAUUUCCUCCCCCGGCAAGUACCUGCUGAUUGCGGUCUUCCUGGGCCUCCUGUAUGUCGUGAUCCUGGCCUUCGAUCUCCAGGUCCCGGUUGAGAACUUCAUCUACCGCGUUCGCGUGUUUGCUGGCCGCCUGUCGUCGGCCAUUGUGCGAGGCGCAGUCACUGGCACCAUGCCCAACUUCAAUGACGUGAUGCAGAUGCUCAACGACAACAAGAAUGACCGGGGCACUGCCGGCUCUGGCGCCGCCUCGGCCGGUGGUUCUCCCCCCGCGGCCGGUGCUGGCCCGAAGGAGGACUGAGCUCCUCGGGAUGCAAAGUCCGCUGUGCCCAUGCGUGCGAAGAGAAGGCCCACAUGCGGUGUGUGCACCGACAUGGUGGAUCCCCUGCCCCCUGCCCCUCCUCACUCCGCCCUCCACGCCCAACUCCCCGGUUGCCUCUGCGUGGAGUGCUUCCCCAUGCCCCACCUCCAUCAAAGAAAGCAUCAUUAGAUAGUCUGUCUCUUAAUUGCGCGCGCGCGCGCGCACACAUACACACACAUACGCACAGGCACGCGCGCACUUGGCGCCCUAGGGGUGGUGGUCGGCGGCACCAAAGAUCGAGAACAUCUCAAACUCCUCCUCAUGAAGCCAUAUCCCAGGCAGGGGCGGCCCUGGGGGCGCGGUCGCAACGCGGGGCUCGAUCGGUGGGCAGCCGGGUGCGGUCGGGAUCGCGGACGGCGAGGAGGGCAGCGGCGCCGCUGCCACUGUCGUCGCUGCCGCCACUGCCGCCGUCGCCGCUUGGGUGAUCACCACCUGAGGGAGACGCUCCACUUGCAAGGAACCCAGCAUGCUCAGCAGCUGGUUUGCCGGCACCCCGUGAGUCAAGCGCAGAAAGGCGUCGGCUGAGCAGCGUGUCCGGGGAUACUUGAUGGCAAGCGGGGGGAUCCGAUCCAUCACCGAGGGAAGGGCGCAGAGGCGUGGAGGGGAGGCAGACCAAGGGCGGCUCCUCAAACAGGAUUGGAGGUGAGGCAGGGGGGGGG